AUGUCGUCUCCUAGUCCAGGAAAGAAAAGAAUGGAUACAGAUGUUGUCAAAUUAAUCGAGAGUAAGUACGAGGUUACAAUCCUAGGUGGUUUAAACGAGCUUAUGGUAAAAUUCUUUGGACCUCCAGAAACUCCAUACGAAGGUGGGAUUUGGAAGGUUCGUGUUGAUCUUCCUGAACGAUAUCCUUUCAAAUCUCCCUCAAUUGGAUUCAUGAACAAAAUAUUUCACCCGAAUAUUGAUGAAGCAUCUGGUACAGUUUGUCUUGAUGUCAUAAACCAACAAUGGUCUGCUCUUUAUGACUUAACCAAUAUUUUUGAGUCUUUCUUGCCACAGCUUUUAGCAUAUCCAAAUCCUACAGAUCCACUUAACAGCGAUGCCGCUUCUUUGUUUAUGUUCAAGCCCUCUGAGUAUGUCACGAAAGUAAAAGCAACUUGGAUGGCUCUUCCGAUCUCCCACAUUGUACGAACCUUCCGUGUACCCAAACUAUUGGUUUCUUUGGUUGUCAGAAGGGGCCUCGUCCUCGUGGCUUUCGAAAGAACUUGGCUUUCACCAUGAGGUGUCAUAACUCUUUUAAAUGAAGACCUUCUGACUCCCAGGGCAGAGUUUAAGUGGUUUGAAUAAUUUUUUCUGGUUAGCGUUUUUUUGGCGAGUUAGUUUUGAACGAAAUGGGGUCGCUAACUUUAUACUCAUCUUUCCUUCUUCAUCCGGGCUUGGGACCGAUAGUCACCAAAGAGGGGCUCCAGGCUGAGGUGGGAUUAGGAUUUACCAUGUCUAAUCACGUAAUUUGUCUUCUUUGACUGUAUCAUAACUCCAUCUUUUUACCAUCUCCCAUAGUUCUAUGUGAACUAUGAUUCGUCUACCAAGUUCAAAAUCUCUUGCUGUCUUUUAUAAACUCCUUGAAAACAAUUAACUAGCAUUGAUUUCAAUAUCUUACUCUUUCAUUAUGAAUGAGUUACCGAAACAAAGUUCGAAAAAGACUAGCAUAUUACAUAAAUUUAUCAUUUAAUUUAGUGACAUUCAUGUAACAGGUGAUUUCUCGAGAUAGUAGCUUCAUCAUCUUAAAAAUUCUUUCCUGUUAGGAGCACUUAAAAGGUAUACGUAUUAAUCUCUGAGAAACCAAGCAUACGUAAAUUUACUUUCAUAAAUAAUUAUAAGACUAAGAAAGAAGAAAGGGAGUAUUAUCUAUUUUGUGGCAAUUCGCUGUAUCAGUUCUAGAAGCAACUCGUUAACUAUAUGAUCUUCAAUUUUACUAAACAUUAAAAUAACAUACUUAGUCACAAAUAUACACUAAUUGAAGUACUUAUACCCAUGUGUAUAUUAUGAUGUUGGGAUUUAUAUGUCUGAUCACUUCAUCUUUUAUGACGACUGCAGAUUGUUAGGUUCCAUUAGUUUAGUUUUUCCCAAAAGUUAAUCGUAAUUUAAAGAUCCCCAUUGAAUAUUCAAAAAUGAACAAUGUUUGAGCAAAUAAUUGUUUUCAAUAACUUCAUCAUCAGGCUCUACAGUUAUAAGUCCAUUAGUGAAUACUAAUACAUGCCUCAUUUUGG